AGCCUACCUUAGACUCCGCCACGUCAGCGACAUUCACAUUCUGGAAAUUUUAUCUUGUUUACUAAACGGGUUGAGCGGCGGACAAGCAGGAUAUGCUGUGCGGAAAUACCAGUCACACAAAAUGAUUCUUAGUUACAAAAAAUAUGUUCUACUGUACCUGAUCUCUGCCAUCAUCUCCCACGUCGCUCUUUUUUUUUUUUCAAAAACGCUGGCCACCCCCCAUUUUUCUGAAACUUCCCAGAAAUAUGUUUUAUUUCAAAGCAGAAUUUUAAUUUGGGAGGAUGUUUACACACGUCUUGUUGAGGUGCGGCGAUCUACCAUCCCAAACGUAGUCUCAAGAUGCCUUUCGGUUUUCUCAUGAGGGUGGAGCACUGAAUGAUAGAUCGAGCGCAGUGCAGUUGCAUAUGGG